UGACGGAGUGCGGAGCCCGGACGGUUGCAGGCGGGGGCGUUAGGAGGCGGAUUCCUCCUCCCUCCAGCACUGGGGGGCGGGGAGGAGGGAAGCCGGGCCAGCGGGCUGGGGACGGAACCCCGAAGACAGCGGGCUGAGGCGAUGGAGGGCGACGGGGUGCGGUGGGGGAGCGAGCCGCCGUCGGGUCCCGGCCCGGGCGGCGGCGGAAUGAUCCGGGACCUGUGCCGCAGCUUCAGCCGCUACCGCCGCUACCUGGGCCGGCUGCGGCAGAACCUGCGAGAAACCCAGAAGUUCUUCCGCGACCUCCAGGGCUCCCACAGUCACAGUUGCCCCUCCUCCCCCACCGAGGCCGGGCUGCAGGCUGGCCAGCUGAGCUGCAUUUCCUUCCCACCUAAGGAAGAGAAGUACCUCCAGCAGAUUGUGGACUGCCUCCCCUGCAUCUUGAUCCUCGGCCAGGAUUGUAAUGUCAAGUGCCAGCUAUUGAACCUGCUAUUGGGGGUGCAGGUGCUUCCUACCACCAAGCUGGGCAGUGAGGAGAGCUGUAAGCUCCGGCGCCUCCGCUUCACCUACGGGACUCAGACUCGGGUCAGCCACACUCCCGUUGCUCACCAGGGCGCCUGGGAGACCAUCCCUGAGGAGGACCUGGAGGUCCAAGAGGACAGUGAGGAUGCUGCCCAUGUGUUAGCCGAACUGGAGGUGACGAUGCAGCAUGCUCUCUUACAGGAAGUGGACAUUGUGGUAGCACCGUGCCAAGGCCUCCGGCCCACAGUGGAUGUUCUGGGUGACUUGGUGAAUGAUUUUUUGCCUGUGAUAACCUAUGCAUUCCACAAAGAUGAACUCUCCGAGAGGGAUGAGCAAGAGCUUCAGGAAAUCCGAAAGUAUUUCUCUUUUCCCAUAUUCUUUUUCAAAGUACCGAAGCUGGGCUCAGAGAUAAUCGACUCCCCCACUAAAAGAAUGGAGAAUGAACGAUCACCACUUCAUCGCCAGCUCAUUGACCUGGGCUAUCUGAGCAUCAGUCACUGUAGCUGGGGGGCCGCUGGCCAGGACACUAAAGCCCAGAGCAUGUUGGUGGAACAAAGUGAGAAGCUGAGGCACUUAAGCACAUUUUCUCACCAGAUGCUACAGGCUCGCCUGGUCGACGCAGCCAAGGCCCUGAACCUGGUGCACUGCUGCUGCCUUGACAUCUUUAUUAACCAGGCCUUUGACAUGCAGCGGGACCUGCAGAUUACUCCCAAACGUCUGGAAUAUACGCGAAAAAUGGAAAACGAGUUGUAUGAAUCAUUGAUGAGUAUUGCCAACCGAAAGCAGGAGGAAAUGAAGGACAUGAUUGUUGAGACGCUUAACACCAUGAAGGAGCAACUUCUGGAUGAAGCUGCCAACAUGGAGUUUAAAGAUGUCAUUGUUCCUGAGAAUGGGGAACCAGUGGGCACCAGAGAGAUCAAAUGCUGCAUCCGACAGAUCCAGGAACUCAUCAUCUCUCGGCUGAAUCAGGCAGUGGCUAAUAAGCUGAUCAGCUCGGUGGAUUACCUACGUGAGAGCUUCGUUGGAACCCUGGAACGGUGUCUGCAGAGCCUAGAGAAGUCUCAGGAUAUCUCAGUUCACAUCACCAGUAAUAAUCUCAAACAGAUCUUAAAUGCUGCCUAUCAUGUGGAAGUCACGUUUCACUCAGGUUCCUCGGUGACAAGGAUGCUGUGGGAGCAAAUCAAACAGAUCAUCCAGCGCAUCACGUGGGUGAGCCCACCUGCCAUCACAAUAGAAUGGAAGAGGAAGGUGGCCCAGGAAGCCAUUGAGAGCCUCAGUGCCUCCAAGUUGGCCAAAAGCAUUUGCAGCCAGUUUCGGACCCGGCUCAAUAGUUCUCAUGAGGCUUUUGCAGCCUCCUUGAGGCAGCUGGAAGCUGGCCACUCAGGCCGAUUGGAGAAAACUGAGGAUCUGUGGCUGAAGGUUCGGAAAGAUCAUGCCCCCCGCCUGGCGCGCCUUUCCCUGGAGAGCCGGUCUUUACAGGAUGUCUUGCUGCAUCAUAAACCUAAACUGGGACAGGAACUGGGCCGAGGCCAGUAUGGUGUGGUGUACCUCUGUGACAACUGGGGGGGACACUUCCCUUGCGCCCUCAAGUCGGUGGUUCCUCCCGAUGAGAAGCACUGGAAUGACCUGGCCCUGGAGUUUCACUACAUGAGGUCCCUGCCGAAGCAUGAGCGGCUGGUGGACCUCCAUGGCUCUGUCAUCGACUACAACUAUGGUGGUGGCUCCAGCAUUGCCGUGCUGCUCAUCAUGGAGCGGCUCCACCGGGACCUCUACACUGGGCUGAAGGCUGGGCUGACCUUGAAGACACGUUUGCAGAUAGCACUAGAUGUGGUGGAAGGAAUCCGCUUCCUGCACAGCCAGGGACUCGUCCACCGUGAUAUCAAACUGAAAAAUGUGCUGUUGGACAAGCAGAACCGAGCCAAGAUCACUGACUUAGGAUUCUGCAAGCCAGAGGCCAUGAUGUCAGGCAGCAUUGUGGGGACGCCAAUCCAUAUGGCCCCUGAACUUUUCACAGGGAAAUAUGAUAAUUCCGUGGAUGUCUACGCGUUUGGCAUUCUUUUCUGGUAUAUCUGCUCAGGCUCUGUCAAGCUCCCUGAGGCAUUUGAGAGGUGUGCCAGCAAAGACCAUCUCUGGAACAAUGUGCGGAGAGGGGCCCGCCCUGAACGCCUUCCUGUGUUUGAUGAGGAGUGCUGGCAGCUGAUGGAAGCGUGUUGGGACGGCGACCCCUCUCAGAGACCUCUCUUGGGCAUUGUCCAGCCCAUGCUCCAGGGCAUCAUGGACCGGCUAUGCAAGUCCAAUUCUGAGCAGCCAAACAGAGGGCUAGAUGAUUCUACUUGAAAGCAAAGACCUUUCUCUUUUACUCUUUAUUCUUUCCUUCCCCCACUUUUUGGCCAUGGAAAGAAUUUGACAGUUUUUUAAGAGAGCUCCCAGGGGAACUGAUGUUUGCUGGGCAGCUUGAGACCUCCCCAGGCAGAGGUGACUCCUGGAUAGUGCUGUCCGAAUGGCUGAGCAUAUUCAGCAGUUCACUGAUGCCUCAAGCUAUUUCUUUAGCAAAAGAUUGUCUAAGACAUGGGUAAAAGGCUGAAGAAAGCAAUGUUCUGGCCUCAGAACUGAAAAGGAGGUAAAUGUUACCAUUGUCUGUUUCACUGUAUGGUUUUAAGACAAGUGGGACACUGCAUUGGCAGUAGUACUAAAAACUAUAAUUUUCAUAGUUUUGGCAUUAGCUAGGGAUAGUUUGGUUCUAUCCAGUUGUCAGAACCAUUAGAAAAUGUAAGCUCAGUUCUGGAAUUGUGAAAACAUAGGCGCAAAAACUUAACGUGCGGAUACUGAGACCCAGAGAUCUCUCGGUGCAAUAGCCAGAGGCCCCAGCGAUAAUGCUAGAAACAAACCUCUCUGUUCCUUCCAAUGCCAGUGUGUUUACACUUAUAGGACCACAUAGCCCUGACUUCUGGGAGAGUACUUCACAGUUACAUCACCAAGAGGCCACAAAGACAAAAGUGUGUGCGUGCUAUUGGAUUUUGAGUUACCGCUACUCCUAAAACAGAAACUCUUCUACCCUUGGGUCUUCAUUUUUUUUUUUCUCUUUUCAUCCUCAAGAUGAGGAAGCACCAGUUAACAAGAUACUUAGGGGUGAGUGUCUGAGUAAAACUGACUCAGUGUGAAGUAUUUAGUGAGCCUGAGAAGUGGACAGUGAUCUGGAGGCCGUGGGUCUCCAUACAAACCCACUAGACGGAUAACAGCUUGUUUUUUAAAACUUAAAAAACAAACAAACAGAAACUCUUCCUUUUGAGUUUGAAUCUAACACACUGAUGUUUUUAAACUUGAUCGUUGAGCUUUUUAACCAAGGUUUCUUCUGCCACUUGUCCCUUCUUUUUUCCUUAUUUUAAAUGUUAGCAGAAAAGAAGCAGUUGGAAGAGAAGAAGACUUUUUGUAGUUCCGUGUGUGCCCCUUACCCCUGGGUGUUAGUGCCUGGGGAGGGCCCCUCCCUUGCAUUCAGAAGGUGGGUGGUGGUCUUUGGGAGAGUUUGCCAUGAAGUGUGCAUCAGAAGAGAAAUUCUUAUGCCAGUCAAAGGAAGGGGAACAAUUUAAACAUUGGUGCAUCUCAGAUCUCCAUUUCAAGCCUCCCUCAACCAAAUAGUCCAUUCAAUUUAGAAAAAGAGGUAGGUGAGGGAAUAGACAGUGGAGUGAGUAACUUCUCCAUCUGCCUCAGCUCCAAGCACUGCGGUCUGACCCUGUGCCUAGUCCCAAACUGGGAGACAGGUCCCCGAGUAGGUGUGUAAGAUAGUGGGCGGGUUCGUUGCUGGGAUUUUCCAGGGUUGUCACAGAGUGUCCAUCUCUCAAACAUCAACGGUAUACAUGGGUCUACAAAAAUGUUUUCAUAUAACUUUAAAAAAUAUUUUUUUAUUGAUUUCAGAGGAAAGGAGAGGGAGAGAGAAAUAGAAACAUCAAUAAUGAGAGAGAAUCAUUGAGCAGCUGCCUCCUGCAUGCCCCCCCCCCCCCCCCCCCAAGGGAUCAAGCCCACAGACUGAGCAUGUGCCCUGACCAGGAAUCGAACUGUGACCUCCUGGUUCAUAGGUUGACGCUCAACCACUGAGCCACACCGGCCGGGCUCAUAUAACUUCUAAAGUUCAGUUUUUAACUCUGGCUCUCCGGGCUCUGAUUAUGACAUAUAUGAGUAUAGUAGCCCCUUGAGCACUUGUAGCCCUUUAGAAACCCAUAUAGAGUCCUAAAAACCUUUUGACUUGCAAAUGACAGGUUGACUGACCUGGUCUUUGGGUUCUAUAGGCUCCAGCCUUGUUUGGUGGAAUGUUCAGUGUAUCUCUUAGAAUUUUUAACACUUAUUUACUUCAAAUAACUCUAUUCUUGUCAGCAUUAACUCGUUGCCCUUCUGGGGACUAUGAUGGGCCUUCCAGGAAGCCAUGUUUCAAGUUUAAAAAGUAGAGGCGAGUAGUCUCUACUUGAUGGAAAAUCUGUAUAAGUCUUGUUCUGUAUGACAUUUCAAGAAAGCUUUAUAUAGUAGUUCCUUUUUCUAGAAAUUUUAAGAAAGUUUUAUAUAGUUCCCUUUUCUAGUCAUUUUAACUCUGACUAUACUCAGGAGUCUGUGCGCCCAUUAUGGAGACCACAUUCCUGACAUUCUUCAGAAGCCUUAGUUCGUACCCCCAUUCAGACAUGGGAGGUUAGGCUUGCCUCCACCCCGAGUCCCUUUUCAGUUUCUCCCUGUGGCUUAGGGAGAAACUGAAAAACUCUCCAACAUCACUUUUCUAGCAGAUUCCCCAUAUUUUUUGCCUGAGUGGGGAGGAAAGGGCUAAUGGAUGUGUAAUUGUGUUACAGUUCAUUAAGUUUUUUUUAAAAAGGCAUUCUGACAAAAGGUGCAGAAUAUUCCUGAAAGUCUUCAGGCUAUCAAAGCCCCAUGUAGACACUUGGAGGUGUUAUUUAAACACUCAGCAGGCUGAGUGCAGGAGUACAUAUGUGUAACACGUGUAUACUGUGCUUUUGUUUUACAACAUUGUUAGCAAAUUUCAGAUUCCUUUUUCCUUGGCACCCAUUAUUAAAGUAAUGGAAUGCCGUGAAAUGUACUGUAUUGUAUAUUACUUGGGAAGAUACUAGGUAUUAAAGAAGUUUGGUGGCAAUUGGGCUGUUAAGGGCUCAGCAAGACCAAAGUCUGAAGAUUUUACCUCCUAGCUUUGGGCUAGUGGUGAGGGCGGGGGCGGGAGGGUGGCACAGAGAAGGAUGAGAUGAAAUAAUUACCCUGUGUUCUAUUCUUCUAGUCAGUUUAAUUAUGGCAGUUUCCCCCAGCCCGAAAAGGAUCACCUGGCCAUUUUUAAUGCCCUUGCAGUCUGAUCACUUAUGUUGCUUCAGAACUGAGUGGGGGACCUUUCUGCAGAGCAGUUGGAAGAAUGGAGUCUGGAGCCAGGAGUGGCUGACCUGUGCCUAAGGAGCCAGCAGCAAAGCAAGGUCAGUCAUGGGUGGAGGAAUGCUCGCUUGGGUGAGGUUUCCACAGGCAUGCCCUAGCCCCUUGAUCCUCUGCAGAGAGUAGCUCUGGAAAGUGCUGGUUCUUCCCAGACCAAAGAAUCACUUGUGACUACAUCAGUUGCAGGGGGACAGAGCAUAGGCAGCAGCUUCUCCUAAUUUUUAACACUAAAAGUCAAGGACACAGUGAAGAAAGGAUACGUUCCUACCACCGAUAUAGGGGCAUGGUAGACCUCUCAACUAGUACCAGUCAGCUCUUCAAUGCAUUUUUUUUUUUUUCAUCUUUGCUUGAGCUGUCAAAGGUGUUGGAAACAUUUUUUUGUUACCGGAGAAGUGGUUUGGGCUGCAACAUGAUACAUGCACUGAAUGACACUUUAUUUUUUGGUUUUUAUUCAGCACUGACAAACCACGGGGGAUUGGUGGUCACAGUAGCACUUGGGGGAAUAGAGAUGCCCUCUGGCCUUGCUUUGGCAAGAAGGCAUGCUUGGUGUUCUAUCUGCCCAAUCAGGGACCUUCGAACUCCACAGUGCAUCAGAGCGGUCUCAACGGCCCUCCCAGAGUCCAUUGCCAAUAGAGGAGCUUCUUUGAGAUUUCAAAGCUUGAUUUUGGGAUUUGCUGGCUCAAAUAACCCACUUUCUCUUUAAGAGAGGAAAAAAAAAAAAGAGGGUUUACCCUUCUAAAUACGGAGGUGGGGUGGUUAGGGCUAGUGGAGAUUAAUAGAUAAGGAGGGAAUAACCUUGAGAAACUUAAAUUGCAAACUCCCUUGGGGGUUUCAAGUAGCACUACUGUUCUUACAAGGGUUUUAUUUUUAACUUCACCUGCUGUGUUACCAUCCAGUCCAGCCGAGAGGAUGGCAGAGACUGAACACCUGGCACUGGGUAGGCAUUCUUCCCCAGAGGGGUGGAAAGAAAAUCGGUCUGGACAGCUUGUUGUCUUUUGUCUUUAUGUAAUAUUUUUGUUUGUUGUAAAGCACUAAUGUUUAUUACAGUGUUAAAUAAAAGUGUAACAUACUAAGUGUGUAGAUAAAAGUGCAAUAACAAGAGAAAUUACUUUGGCACAAACUUCAGUCCUUACGCGCUCUCCUUUCUUGUGCUCCCCGUCUCUUUCCACACUGUUACAUUUCCACAUUGUUACAGCAGGUCCCUGUUAAUUGUGCGUAUUUUUAAGAGACUCAAUUAAGGGAUAAGCCUUCGCUUCGUGUAAUUCUGAAGGGUUGGGUUUGGUUUUAUAGAGUAUUCUGUAUACUUGUUUGGAUGUACAAAUAGCAGAUGCGCUGUAUAAUAAAGACCGCAUUAACGUUUUAA